AUGAACAAAGUGGUGACGUGCGGAACAGUGGCGGCGGUGCUCCGUGGCGAGUAUCUGGUGGCUCGCGAGAUUGUGAAAGUGGCUCAGCCCGAGUGGUCCGACAAUAAACGACGUCUGUUCACCGUCCGCAUCGUCUCGUUCACCCACGCACUCGUCUCGGCGCUCGGAUGCAUUUUCAGGUACGAUUCCCGCUCGAAAUGCGUCAAUUUUCAUAAAACUUUUGAACAUCCAGCUUUUCUAGCCUUUUUCUCGGACUUUGUCAUGAAGAAAUUCAUUCCAAACGUGUCAAUUUUCCUCAAAACUGCCUUGCUUCUCUUUUUUUCUCGGCUCCUCAUCGUCGACAGACACAAAAAUGGCAUGUUUCGUGAUAAGACUAGACGGAAAAAAAUGGCAACACUCGCUGCUUGAAACGCCGAGCAAACAGUUGCGCCGUUUUUGGAGCAGCAGCAGCAGCAGCAGCAGCCGCACACAUUUCGAGCUUGAACGACAAAGAGUCCAAUUUUUCUUUCGAGUUCUCCAUGAGCUUUACAAAAAGUGACGCUGACGUCAAAAACGUGCAACUCAACACCAGAAUUACGUCAAUUUCAAGGGAAAACGCUAUUUUUCGACGAGAAAGUGUUUUGAGUGGAGUAGUAAAUUGACGGUUUCUAUAGUGAUUCGGAGAAAAAUUAAGCGGAUUUUUAGUGUCGAACUUGCAGCCUACUGACGGACAUCAAUUAUGUGCGCGAGCCGUACGACUACCACAAGGCGAACGCAGAGUACGUGUUCCUCUUCUCGAUGGGCUACUUCAUCUACGACCUCGUCGACAUGUGGAUCCACGGCGAACUCGAGAGCUCGAAGGAGUACCUCGUGCACCACUCGCUCGUCAUCACCGCCUUCUCGAUCAUCCUCUCGACGGGCCGUCUCUUUGGCCUGGCGAUGAUCGCGUUGCUCGUCGAGGUGCAGACUGUCUUUCUGCACUUGCGCACCAUGGUGCGGCUCGUUUAUGGGGCCAAGAAGCAGUCGGAAGUGAUGGACGCGCUCAUCAAUGCCAACAUGAUUUGCUUGUUUUUGUUCAGGUACGGUUCUGUUGUGAUCUUGUCAAAAAUUGAUGCUUCUUUCUUUCCAGACACUUGCCCGUGUGUUUUCUGCUCUUUUACCUACUCGUUUUGGACUCGAAAGUGCCGCUUUUGCUCAAACUCUUUCUGGUCGGCGGUUUGACGUUUCUCGAGUAUCACAAUACCCAUUUGACGGUUCGUUUUUGCAUAAAAGAUUGGCGUUUUUUUAAAGUGAAUUUCACAGAUUGCCAUGGCCAAAUCGGACGGUUUUUUCGGUCACGAACGACAGGCACUCGACGAGGACAGCUGCGAUCCGCUGGGAUCGGUGAAGAAGGAGAAGGAGGCGGCGAGAUCGGAACGAUCGGACCGCAGAUCGGCGAGAUCGGACGCGAACAAGGCGGAAUAG